AUGCACAGCGUAUCAAGCCGGAUCAUCACACUGUCCUCGAUACUAUUCAAUGCAACCACCAUACUCUUGUUUAGCAUUUGUAUUUUCACGUACAUUGCAGACAAGCGGAGAGCACCAUGCAACUUACGGAUAGUUUCUGUUCAGCCUGUCACAACGCAUAGCAUGGGAAAAAAUGUAGUUUUCAGUCCACAGGUUGAUUUGAAGGAUCACUUUCAUUUGAACGUAAAGCAGGUUUUUCUAUACCUGAGAAUGCACAAUAAGACUACGUCUGAAAUGGUUUGGUCUGAAAUUGUGGGACGAAGUAGUUCAAAGCGAUUUUAUGAAAAUUUAGUCAAUACCUACAGAUUUUUCGAUAUUACAGAUGGUUCUAAAGUCCGAUUUGAACUGCGGGGAUGUGUCUUUCCAUAUGUCGGUAUGGUGCAAGAUAAGCUGCUUGGGAGCGUUGUUAUGACGGUAAAACAUCCCAAUAAAUAAAUGUAUUUGGUCGUUAUUGAAACAAAA